AUGGACAUUUUCCCCGGUGGAAUGUGUCCAAUGGGAUGCUUCAAUGAUGAUAUCAAAGCUGAUCAUUCAUGCUCUGGAGACAUCACAAGUCCCGGAAAAACCUGCAAGCUAACCUGUCCCGGCCGAAAGACCAAACCCAUCUCACGAUGCGCCUGGAACGCAAAGUUCAAGGAGAUGCGAUUCUCAAGAACCGACUGUGGCGUACCACCUAAAAACGGAGCCAGAAAGAAUCCAAAAGGAAAGCAAAAUGGCCGAAAAUAG